AUGCCGUUCAUCGCUCCUGUCAUCACUCUUUCCUUGGCCCUCCUGGCUUCCGCCAGCCCACUUCUGUCCUACAGAGCAGAAAACGCAACAAAGUGCGAUGCCAGGAACCUUUGCAGCGGCGUGGAGAGCACGGCUUCGCUCGCAGGCCUGUACGUCUGCGGCGACAGUCGCCUUGGUCCGCUCGCGCUAGUCAAGGACAAGUAUAGUAUGAAGGGCGAGCUUGGGAGUAUUCUUGACAACUACGAGCCUUUUGGCAAGAUUUGUCCCGCUGCCUUUUUGCAAAAGUAUGGCAACGGCAAAGGGUGGUUUGAAUAUCCCCCCAAGGACGGUUUUGAGCUCGGAAAUGAUGGGGAAGCUAUCAAGAGCAACUACACUCUCUGCCCAGGCGACAAGCUUGACCGCAUUGGUCAUGAAAAUGGAACUUUCCUGGCACCCUUGGGCACCCCAUACGAACAGCGAUCCUUGGUCCCGGCCAACAUGGCAACGAACCCCAAGGCUUCUGAGCAAGUUUUUUCAUCUCCAGUUCUUCAAGAAUUAGCAAUCGUCAAGAAUCUCACGGUGGAGGCUGGGCCAAUUGCACCUUGGUUCGAGCAGCCCGGUAACGGAAUGCAGUUUCAUCUAGCCAUGCCGGUAUGGCAGGCCGUUCGGGAUGGCUUUCUGGUUGAGCUUUGCAAGCCAGCCACGUAUGCGUGCGGAAAUAGGCCGGGUACCAACUUCCAGACUUGGUUAACCUGCAAUAUGAGCGGCAGGUGGGAGACUGCUGGAGAGUGUGCCGCCGAUCAGCAUUGCAAGCUUCACUCGGCAAACACUGUCCCUUCCUGCGAGGCUAAGAAGCUGUCGGCCAACUAA